GAUUUUUGAGUCAUGAUUCGGAUCUUGGUCCAUAGUUUGCCGACGCGCCUAUCCCCCAGCUCAACCUGAUAGGCGUUAGUCAGUUGGGACGUGUCAUGAUGAUCCACGCUACAACGUUCUUGAGGAAGCAAGUGUGUCUGACAGUGGUGAGAGAGCAAUCAUGCGAGCCUCUUCCAUAUUGUUCGUACUCUCCUGUAUCGGAGCACAAGUCUCUGCGGAUGCUAUAAAGCAUGAAAACGGCAUCAGAAGAGGCUUAGAACCAGCUCUUCGUAGCCACUACGAGCCAAACUCCUCCGGGACGUUCAAAUGUCUAGAUGGCUCAAAGACUAUUCCUUAUUCCGCGCUUGACGACGACUAUUGUGACUGUCCUGACGGUUCAGACGAACCUGGCACAUCUGCUUGCGAAGGUGUAGGGGAUCAGUUGUUUUGGUGUGAAAACAAGGGUCAUGUACCAGGGAAGGUCAGGAGGAGCAGGGUAAACGAUGGACUCUGUGAUCCAGAAUGCUGUGAUGGAUCCGACGAGUAUGCCACAGGAGCAUGCCCUAACCAAUGCGAGGAGAUUGGCAGGGCUCACAGGGAAAAGCUGGAAGCAGAGAAUAAGACAAGAAGGACGGGCUCAAAAAUUCGUUCAACCUAUGUCAAAUUCGCUCAGAACGAGAGAAGGAGGCUGGAGGAUCUGAUCAAAACCAAGUCAUCCGAGGUUGUCGCCAAAGAGGUCGAGGUCGAAAACGCUAGGCUCAAUCUUGAACGCAUGGAGACCAACAGUCGAGAAGCUCUGGAGAGGAAGAAGGGUACUCCACUCUACGCCUUCACCCUGUCUCAGAGACUCGCUCUAGGUCGGUUGAGGACUAAGACAGCUCGGCUAGAAAGCGAGCUCAAAGAUCUUCGAAACAUCCUGGACGAACUAUCCAAGAACUACAAUCCAAAUUACUCGGAUAUGGCUGUCAAGGCAGCAGUGAAAGGAUUCGAAGAGCUCUCCAAAGCUGCAGACGUCGUGGAGGGAGACAUCGAAGGGGACACCGAGGCAUCUGUAGAGGUAUAUGAGGAGAUCCAGGACAAUGAGCUGGAUGAGCUUGAGAGGAAAGAUCUGGACGGACUGCUAUUGAUGGACGAUCUCGAUAUGGACGAUGACGAGGGCGAUGAAGGUCUGCUCUACAAGCUUGACGAAUACAUCCCUGACUCGAUAUACGAAUAUUGGGCAACGAUUAGGGAUCUAACCAUUGACUGGAUGAUCAAGCUCGGAUUGAUCCGCAAAUCCUCAAAGCCAGCUGCUGUCCCAUCUAACUCCGCCGAGGCACCUCACGUUUCUGCCGCCAGAGAGAAGCACAGGAAUCUCAGUAAUGAGCUUAGCAAAUGGCGAAAUGAGAUCUCUGGAGCCCAGCAGACUCUCGGUGACAUGGCGAGCAAAUUUGGACCUGAUGGCGAGUGGAAAAAGUUGGAUGGGACGUGUAUCGACAAGGUCGCUGGAGACUACACUUACGAGCUGUGCUUCUUUGGACGAGCGUCACAGAAGAGCAACAAGGACUCGUCGUCCAAUCACCUCGGAACAUGGUCAAAGUGGGAACAAGGCGAGACACACGGCUCGUUUGAAUACUAUAGCACUCAAUACUAUGAGCACGGUGCCAAGUGCUGGAAUGGUCCACAGCGGAGCGUCAGGGUGUCCCUCACAUGCGGAACGCAGAACGCCCUUUUGUCCAUUUCUGAGCCUGAGAAGUGUGAAUACUACUUCACCGCAACCACGCCAGCCCUCUGUUGGCCCCUCGACACAGAUGCCAAGGUAUCCGUCAAGGCAGAGUUAUAGAGCCGCAUCGCAAGAUCCAUGCAUUGCAUAGCAUU